UACCUCAUCGAUAUCAUUUCAGUGAAUUCAUUUCGAUAAAACUAACCGCCAUUGGUGUUAGAAACCGUCACGAUGGGAGAAAACAGUGUGGUUCUUAACGUUUACGAGCUUCCUAUGAGCAUCCCGGACGAUGCGCCUUGUGCUUCCAUCACGUCCUUUUUUUCUCGAAUUCUCCCUUCUACUGGAUUCGGUGCAUAUCACACCUCUAUCGACGUGGGUGAUAACACAUACUCCUACGCCGUUGGUGGUAUCAGCAWAACGUCGGUCGCCAACAAACACAGGGGGCUACCACCCGAGGCCAAUUUCAAAGAAUCCAUCGUCCUUGGAUGUGUUUCGUCUUCCACGACUGAUUCACAAAGCGAUAUCGAGAGGAACAUUCAGAAGUGCCUCGACUACCUGCGAAAGAWUUUUUUCACGCCCACGGGGUAUCAUCUGGCUUAUCGAAACUGCAACCAUUUCUCGGAAACGCUCGCUACAGCAUUGGUUGUGCCAGCGGCCGACUUGCUGCGAAAUCGAGCCCUGAAGUCCUACCCGGGCUACAUAAAUCGAUUGGCACGAACCAGUCGCAUGGUUCUCGAUGAAAGUGCGGACAAGACAGAGGGUACGACGGGGCCGUGCGAUGUCAUGAAGGAAGCAAAGGCGUCAAUGGGAGUCAAUGAGAAUUUGUCAUCAAAAAGCAAGAAGGCUGUUUCUGGUGAAAAGGAAAAACAAAGAAAACAGAAGAAAGAAUUGACCGAAGCACAGAAAAAGAUUUUAGCCAAAAUCAAGAGUCCCAAGAAGUAGGUGCAGAAAAAUCGAAUUUUUCCUAUCGUCCUUAUUCCGAUCAAAACAAAACAAAAGAAAAGGCACACCGUGCACUCAUUGCAGGGAAUUUUCGUGAAAGUAAUUAUUUAUGGUUCUUGGUUUAUAGUUAUCUAUACCAAAGGAUUGGAGUCUUUUGAUUGUGUGUAGCAUGUUCAAAAUCAUAUGAGUUGCGAGAGUUGUGGAAGAAAUYUGGAACUUUGCAGAAGGUGAAUUGAUAAAACUAAUUGACCAGA